AUGCUCCCUCCGGCACAUGAAGUCAGUGCCGAGUCCCUGGCCGACAUGGUCUGCGAGAUGGAGGCGGCGGUGGUUGAGAACCUCCAGCCUGCCGUCCAGCACUAUCGCCAGCUGGAUGUGGGCGACCUGUGGCUGGAGACACUGAAGGAGGAGGAUCGGCCGCCCUGGGAUGCCAGCAGCACCCUGCGCAUCCUUUCCUCCCACAGGUCGACCUACUGGCACAUCAUCCCGCGAGCACUUGAGGCCGAGGUGAAGUCACUGGAGCGCUUCUUCGGUGCUCGGGCCGGGGGCAGGGCCCUCUCGCUGCACGCGCUCGCCAGCAAUGCGAGCAGCCUGCUGGACCUCCUCAUGGCUUUCUCCACUGCCAAGCCCUCCUCAGACCCGCCGACCUCGGACCCCAGCGACAUCCCAGACUACAUCAGCAUCGACCAGGCGAGCUCCGCCCUGCAUGCCGGAGUCCAGCGGAUCAAGGGCCUUCUUGACACUCUGCCCCCCGCCUGA